AGGUAGCUGGGUAAUGGCUUUGCCGCACUCAGAAUGAUAUCGCGGAGAGAAAGAGGGGAACUUGCUCGUUUUUAUACUGUUACAGAUCCUAAAAAACAUCAGAAGGGAUACACCGUUUACAAAGUCACAGCGAGGAUCAUCUCCAGGAAGAACCCAGAGGACGUUCAAGAGAUCACCGUGUGGAAGAGGUACAGUGACUUCCGGAAGCUUCACCGCGACCUUUGGGAAAUCCACCGCAACCUGUACUGCCAAUCUGAGCUCUUCCCACCUUUUGCCAAGGCCAAAGUUUUUGGGCGUUUUGAUGAAUCGGUGAUCGAGGAGAGGCGCCAGUGCUCUGAGGACCUGCUGCAGUUCUCUGCCAACAUUCCUGCCCUCUACAGCAGCCAGCACAUAGAAGACUUCUUCAAGGGUGGAGAGGUCCACGACGGCUCUGAGCUCAUUGGGCCUGCAGAGUCCUUCUCGGAUUUCCUUGCUGACAGCCUAUCAGACUGCAGCUCUGAAGUGCACAAAGAUAUUGAUGGUGUGGAUGAUUUGACAGCUGCAAGUCAAUCAGAGCAUGGUGGGCCCUCCAGCGACAGCGACCUGAUCUCGCUGCGCGUCGACGGCGACUCCCUGGCUGAGUUGGACGAUGGGAUGGCCUCAGGCGGCGAAUCGCCCAACAGGCCCGCGGGAGGCCGCAGCCCCUCCCCCCAGGCCCGGGCCCGGGACCCUGCGGCCAACAGGGCGGCGCUCUUCGCAGGUGGCCUAAAACCGCGGCUGGGGAAGAGAGAUUACCUGGAGAGGGCGAGCGAGCAAAUCAAGCUGGCGGUGCAGAGAGAGGAGGAACGGGACUAUGAAGCAGCCUUCUGCUUCUACAGAAGCGGGGUGGAUCUGCUGCUGCAGGGAGUGCAAGGUGAACCCAGCCCCACCAGGAGGGAGGCAGUGAAGAAGAAAACUGCAGAGUACCUGAUGAGGGCCGAGCAGAUAUCCAGCCAGUACCUGAAAGAUGCAGUGGAGAAAGGGCCAGUGGAAACUGCGCAGACCCAGGGCUCGCAGGGUUCAGGGCCCUCCCGGAGCCAGAGGGACCCCGCCGCGGAGCUGGAGGCCUUCAGGGUCCUCGGCGUGAUCGACAAGGUCAUGCUGGUCUUGGAUAAGAGAACACAUGAGACAUUCAUUCUCAAAGGGCUGAGGAAAAGCAGCGAGUGCAGCAGGAACAAAAAGACCAUCGUCCCCCACUGUGUGCCCAACAUGGUGCAUCUGCACAAGUACAUCGUCUCAGAGGACUCAAUUUUCCUCCUGCUGCAGCACGCCGAAGGUGGGAAGCUUUGGUCCUAUAUUGGUAAGUUCCUGAACCAGAGCCCAGAGGAAAGCUUCGACAUCCCGUUCAUCCAGAAGUCUCACACAAUGGCGAUUCGAGAGGUGGAGCAGGCGGUGCCACGGGAGAGUGGGGCCAGUUGCAGCAGCAGCAGUGUGGAGAGUGCCGCAUUGCUGGCCCUUCCCCUGAAAAGCAGCCUUACACCCAGCUCCCAGGACGACAGCAGCACGCAGGACGAGGAACCCGAUUGUGCCUGCGGGCCCCCGCCUGAAUCAGGGGCCACGUCCUCUGAGGAAGAGUGCACUGACAGCUACCUGACGCUCUGCAAUGAGUAUGAGCAGGAAAAGGUAGAACCUCUGGGGGAUGAGGAACCCCUGCUGAGGGCAUCCCCCGAGGCACCACCCUCUCCCAGGUCCAGGUCGUUGUUGAGCAACGACAGUCUGUGCUCCCCCAUUGCUGCCCAGGAGCUCAGGUUCUUUACCGAGCCCGAGUUUGAUCUGGAGCCAGCCGAGGUGUUCAGCCCCACCCAAGUUACAUCGCCCAACUCGCUGGACGUGUCUAAGAGGACGCCCAUGGAGUUCUUCCGCAUCGACAGCAAGGACAGCACCAGCGAGCUCCUUUGCUCUGACGCAGCCUGCGAAAAGCCCAAGAUUGACCCCUCCAAGCAUCCCUUCCUUGCUGCCCCCACUGAGCUGGACCUAGAGAUGGAUGACGGAGAAAAUGUGGCGGACCCCUGGGGCCCGGAUGCCGACAAGGUCUCCUACGAGUCGGUGCCCGUCAUUUCUUUCAAGGAGGCCCUGGUUGCAGAGGACGAGGGCCGGCCUCCGGACCUCCUGGUCAACCUGCCGGGCGUGGGGGCGGACGUGCUGCUGUCUGAGGAACUCGGCCGUGUGGUGCCAGAGAGCGAGGCCAAAGCCUCCCCAGAAUUAGGGAGGCCGGAUGUUCUGCAGCUGCAUCGGGGUGCGGUGGAUGAAGCCACCCUUGCCCUUUCGCCACUGGAUGAAGAAGACCACGUCUCCGCUCCCACUGCUGCUGCCCACUCAGACAACGAAGGCCUCUCUGUAAAAAGUGACAAUUGCCAAUCGCUGGGCCCAGAGGCCACGCUCACACAGGAACUCCCGGCCUUGCCACCUCCUUUGGUCUCAAACGCCUGUCCACAAAGUGACAGGUUCCCCGGCUCUAGAGAACUCUCUGCAAGAUCGGAACUACUUUCGGGUUCAGGCCCAGAUGCAGACUUGUCAGCCUGCCAGCUCAGGCCCGACGGGGAAGGGGUGGGAAAUACCAGUAGGACGACAGCUGAGGAAGAGCACAAGUCGGACAGAAACAUCUCACAGCUCUUCAAGGACCUGGACAAACGUUUGCUUGUCGCAUCCCAGGCCCAUAUCCCUGAAGAAUAUGUCCGACGCUGGGCAGUGGAGAUCACUUUAGCGCUUGACGCUCUCCACCAAGAGGGAAUUAUCUGCCGGGAUCUGAAACCCAACAACAUCUUGCUCAACGACAGAGGACACAUUCUGCUGACGUACUUCUGCAGUUGGGGUGAGGUUGAAGACUCAUGCGACAGAGAGGCCAUUGCUGGAAUGUUCUGUGCUCCAGAAGUUGGAAGCAUAUGUGAGGAGACCACUGCCUGUGAUUGGUGGAGUUUGGGUGCCAUCCUGUUUGAAUUGCUCACGGGGAAGUCCCUCUGCCAGUGUCACCCAGCCGGAAUCAGUCGCCAUUCAUCGCUCAACCUGCCCGACUUCCUGUCCGAAGAAGCCAGGUCCUUGUUGCAGCAGCUUCUGCAGUUCAAUCCUCUCGAGAGACUUGGGGCGGGGGUAGCUGGAGUGGAGGACAUUAAAUCCCACCCGUUCUUCGCCAAAGUGAACUGGCCAAAAUAGCGUGAGGACGCCUGGGUCUCUGUACCUGAAGUGGCAGCCCCGGCGCACCACACAGGGUAUGCGGGUCUUCCAGGGCACUGUGAUAGCUGAAAGGGAUUCUCAAUGCCAACAAAGUGGAACUUUUCACAGAGGCAGACCCCCACACUACUCCACAAACUAUACUGGGAACAGAUCUCCACACCAAUAAAUAAACUGCGCGGCAUUGAUAUGAAAUUGCAUCGUCCUAUGAUAUUGUAAAUGGCAAGCCAUAUUCAAUUAACAUCAUUAUGAGCUAUUUCGAGAAGUGAACCAGAACUUAAGUACACUUACACUUUUUUGUUUGUUUGUUUGUUUGUUUGUUUUGUUUAUGCAAGUUAUUCUUGAUCUUUUGGUCAUUUUUUCCCCCAGUUGCAAGAUAAGUCUGUUGGUGGUAUGGUUUACAAAAACAUUAGCCAAUGAAUUACCUUCAUAUAACUUUGCCUAAAAUGGGGAGAAACGUGACGAGACCAAAGAUGGAAAUAAAGACAGGAGGGGCUUGCUUCUGCUCACCUGUAUGCAUGUACAUUAUUGGCACUUGUAUACACAUUUACCUCUAUGCAUAUAUGCUUUUACAUAUACAUGCGGGCACAUACAUGCAGACACAUCACAAACCCCUUUAACACCUGUUUGCACAUAUGCCUUUUCACACCUGUAUAUGCCUACACCUUUACCAUCUGUAUGCCUGCAAAUUUCACAUCAGUUUGCACCUACAGUGCACGUUUCACACCUGUAUAUGCCUGUAACAUAAGUGCAAUAUUAUGUUUAAGUGAACUAUAGUAAAGUUGUCAUGCUACGUGUCAAUAUUUGUCUGAUUUAUCAGGGCAGACGCAUUGUGCACAGACUAACUCUGCUAGACACGUUAUUGAGUUAUUAUCUGCUCAUUAGUAGUGGCAACAAUUCUACACGCAUCAUGUUGAACAAGGUGUAUGCAUAUUGUAAAAGCUGGUGGAUGCGGUAUGCAUAUUACUUUCACCCGGGGAAUUUGUGCUUGCUCCUUUGGCACUUCAACGCCCUUUCCAAAACACAUUCUGUCACAUGCUUUGUCUUUUGAGUAACAAAUCUCACCAUGUCCUUUUCUUAGAAAUGUAAUUCCUUGGUGAAUAGCAAAAGGAAUUAAUAAGGCUGUAUAAUGAAGAAAGAAAGCUAGCAGCCUUCGGUUCGAUUGUCAAUGUGAAGGCUGCAGUUUGACUGAAUAGACCUGAGAUUUGAGGUCCGGCAUUCAAUCACCAGAAUUGCCCAAUAAACAAAUGCUACAUGCCACACUUAUAAACCCGUUUUAAAAAUAGCUAGGUAUUUAUUUUUACUGGGGGAAAAAAUGCUGGAACUGAGACUGAUGUCUUGUGGAGGAACACCUUCUGUAAAAUGCCCAUUAGCUGGAGGUGUUAUUGCCAUUUUGACAUUGACAGUAAUUACAUUAGGUGGUUAUUUAGCUAUUUCUUUAAUCUCACAUUGCUUGACUGGGGCAUGCAUUUUAUCCCUGUUGGAUGUGUGGAUCUUGGGUGGUGCAGGGGGCUACUGAGGUGCAAAAUUAUGCAAAAGAGUUUAAUUGUUCCAUUGAACAAAUCAAAUAAAAUGUAGAGUGAAGGCAGUAUUUCAGAUGAGAGGCAGAACAGACUGUUUAGCAUAUCAUUGUUGUUGUCAUUUUAUUUUGUUUUAGAUCUCAGAGUGUGCAACGGCAAAAGUAAAGCAUCUGUUACAGACAAGUCUGUCUGCAAGACAACAUUUAGCUGGUGCAUGUUGCCAAAACUGGCAGAGAUGGUAGGCAUCACACAUUUUUAUUGAAGCCACCUUUUUUAAAAGAUGAAAAAUGUGUAAUAUGUCUGCAUCACACUUUUUCAGGGGAAGAGAAUUGCUCAGUAUUUCAAAUUGUACUGCGCAGUCUCAUGUAUGCCUGCACCUAGUGAAUUUCCACCAUUACUGGUUCCAUAGCCUACAGAUACCACAGGCUAAUCCCAGGCCAGUGUGCACUAAUAUGUGAAAUGAAAAACGUAAACUAUUUCUGUUGGUUAAAGCUGAAAUUGUGAUAUAGAAAGAUUAAAAUGUUAUGAAAGAAGCUGUAAAACCUGUUUUAUAAUGUAUAUUUUACAAUUAUUUUGGUAGCGUGAUGAAACAUUCUAUUAGACUGUAUGAACAGAAUUGUGUGUGGUAAAAGCAAUGCAUAUACUUGCACUUCAGAACAGAAAUAGUCGAAUCUUAGAUAUUUAUGAAUAUUUAAAAAUAUAGGAUAGUGUCUCUGUGCCAAUAUUUACAUUUAAUGAGAGGUGAUUGCAGACAUUGCAGAAAAAACUGCAUGCCAGAACAUUUGGUGCACAUAUUGUGGUUGAAAGAAGUCUGAAAUACUGAAAUGUAGUAAUUGCAUUUUAAAUGUUUUUUAUUUCCUCAAGGUUUUGAAUCCUCUUUAGCUCUUCAGCUGAAAUUAGGGUUAUGAAAAUUUGUGUGUUGAAUAAAGACCCUUUAAAGAACUAAAUGAAACAAA